AUGGCGCCGAAAGCGAAGAAGGAAGCUCCUGCCCCUCCCAAAGCUGAAGUUAAAGCAAAGACUUUGAAGGCCAAGAAGGCAGUGCAGAAAGGCGUCCACAGCCACACACACAAAAAGAAGAUUCAUACAUUGCCCACCUUCCAGAGGUCCAAGACUCUUCGGCUGCAGAGGCAGCCCAAACAACCUUGGAAGAGCGCCCCCAGGAGAAACAAGCUCGACCACUCUGCCAUCAUUAAGUUCCCCCGGACAACCGAGUCUGCCAUGCAGAAGAUAGACGACAACAACACACUUGUGUUCAUUGUGGACGUCAAGGCCAACAAGCACCAGAUCACACAGGCUGUGAAGAAGCUCUAUGAUAUUGGUGUGGCCAAGGUCAACACUCUAAUCAGGCCUGAUGGACAGAGGAAGGCGUAUGUGCGACUGGCUCCCGAUUAUGGUGCUCUGGAUGUCACCAACAAAAUCGGGACCAUCUAA